UUCCAUCUACACACUGGACCAACGUUUUCAAGACACGAUGCUCGUCGAGUUGUUUGGGAGUCUGGAAGUUCACACUGUUUUAAUAUUUUUGUUCAUUUUUCUGACGUGGUUGUAUAUUCAGCGGCGACAAAACGAUGCUAGUGCAAGGUAUCCACCAGGGCCUUGGGGCUUGCCCGUCUUGGGACACUUAAUCCAAAUGGGCGAGAGACCACAUCUUAAGUUUAUGCACUGGGCAAAACAAUACGGCGAUGUAUUCAGCAUACGAAUGGGGAGUCACUUGGUCGUUGUGCUGAAUGGACACGAUGUUGUCAAAGAGGCUUUGAUGAAGAAAGCGACACAGUUUUCUGGUCGCCCAGACUGGCUGAAUCGCCGAUCGCUAGGAGACAGAGGAAUAGUAAAUACAGCGGGUAGAGUGUGGAAAGAGCAGCGUAAGUUUGCAGUCAGGACACUCCAUGGGUUCGGAAUGGGCAAGGAAGCUCUGGAGGAAGUCAUGCUAAAAGAAGUGGAAUACGUUGUAGAAGCAUUCAAUGAAACUGAAGGCGAGAGUUUUGACCCGAGUCAGGCUUUACAGAAAGCAAUAUCAAACGUUAUCUCAACAGUUGUAUUUGGAGAACGCUUCGAUUUCGACGAUAAAUUCUUUUGUAAGCUUUUGAAGGAUAUGGAUGAGAUGUUUGAGAACACCCUUGGGGCUUUGGCGAUUGAUCUUUUCCCCAGGUUGGUAUAUAUUGCAGACUAUCUGGAUCCCGCCACUCCAAAGUUCCGUGCGGUCGUGAAAGCACUUGAAGGGAAGAUCAAUGACCGUAAACAAUCACGCAAAUCAGUCACGCUCGAUGAUGAAGAACAACCUACAAAUCUCAUUGACGCAUACUUGCGAAAUGUGGACAAACAUGCUGGGGAAGAAUCUUCUACGUUUAAGGAUGAUUAUCACCUCUCUGAAAUUGUUAUGGAGUUAUUUUUUGGUGGAACAGACACAACUUUGACGUCACUGCAAUGGGCGUUCAUGUUCAUGCUGGAAAAUCCCGAUGUUCAGAAAAAGGUACAAGAAGAAAUUGACAACGUUGUUGGGAAAGAGCGCCAACCACGUUGGGAGGAUAAACCACACAUGCCUUUCACUGACGCUACUAUUUUGGAAUUCCAAAGAAUCAAUCCAGUUUUGCCAUUGGCAGUUCCACAUGCAACUACAAAUGACAUCGAAUUUCGUGGAUACCACAUUCCAAAAGGAACCAUGGUGUUUGUAAAUUUGUUUUCUGUCUCCAGGGACGAGAGAUGUUGGGAGAACCCUGAUAAGUUUGAUCCAAAUCAUUUCCUGAACGAGGAAGGCGAGGUUGUCAAGGGAGAUACGUCACUUCCCUUUUCAGCAGGAAGCCGUGAAUGUGUGGGAGCACAGCUUGCAAAACCAGAACUUUUCAUCUUCUUCACGAGAUUGUUGCAAAAGUUUACCUUUGUUUACGCCGACGAA